AUGCUCCAGCAAGAAGAUAUUAGAAACAUAAGCAUAGACCCGCGGGAGCAAUGUGGCCCCGCUAAUGCUCCUAGCGAAGUGGAUCUCCGCUACUUCGAUCUAUCAGCUCUGCCUUUAGUUGGCAUCCUCAGCCGGAAGGAGAAUACGAUGGUCUUACUCGUGAAUAAGGAAGGCAAAGAGCUCGUUGUAAAACUCCACCACUCCGUACCCGGCAGUCCAGUACCCACCGAAGCUUCGAUCACACAAUUCAUACGCCAACCCAGAGACGACUUUGCCAGAGAGAUUGCCGUUUUAUCACACCUCCAAUGCAACACCUCCAGUAACGUCGUCAAAUUACUUGGCUGGGGGGUGGCUCAGACAUACAAAGGAAUCGUCCUAGAAGCCAUUCGAGGCCCCAGCCUUCAAAACGUAUUACUAAAACCUAAUGCUGAAUUCAACCCACCACCGUUUCUGCAACUCCUGUAUAGACUCAAUUGGACCUCACAGUUGAGCAGAAUAGUAUCGGAGUUGCACGAGAUGAAUAUUUUCCAUGGUGAGAUACUUGCUGAGAAUUUCGGAUUUCGUCUAGCCCCGUCAAACUCUGUAUUUGGUCGACUGACGGUCUUUGAUUUUGACGAGGCAUCUCAAAUGGUCCGGCAUAGUCCUGAGCUGCAAAAAUCUGCUACGAGAUUUUAUGACCAUUUCCGGGAGUUUGCUCAAGAGACUGGUUCACCCUGUCUGCCCACGGAUCGGACGCAAUCGACCACGGACUUGAUGACCUACGCUCUAAGGUAUACAGACGCGGUAAUUCUAAUGGACAGAAAUGGUCGUACAUCGCCAGCUUACGCUGCGUCCCGGGGAGGAGGGCCAUCAAGGUCGCCACGUGAAUCUGGGAAUAAUUGCUCUGCAAUUGGUGGUUCCGGUGUUGGCGGUUCGCGAAAUAAUUCUCCACAUAGUUCCGUCGCUGGCAGUUCUCCAGGUGGUUCUCCAGGCGGCAAUUGUCCAGGCGGUUACGCAGGUGCUUGGGAUGUGGAUGUGUUUUGCGAUCACCGACCGAACCGGCCGCCACCGAUUGCUGCGGCGUCCACCAGUAACCCGGGUCCACCGUGCAAGUUGGUACAGGCACCAGGACGAUCGCAGGACCCGACGCAGCAGUUACGUUGCGCGGAGCAUGGACGCGCGGCAGGACAGUGUGUGUGUCCGUCCUGUGAGUGCAAAGAAGGCCGUGCGGAAGUGUCUGACUUGGCGUUGUUGGCGGUGGCUUGUUUGGGUAUGUGGGACAGUGGGAAGAGUACGCUGACGGAAUGUCCGGGUUGUCGCAGACGACGGCCGCUUUCGACCAAAAAGUUGCAGGAGUGGAUUGACGCUGUUGGCGCUUAUCUGGACAGCCUUAUCCUGCUACGUUCUGGCGGCACGGUCUUCAAUGUGAAUGAUGUGAUCGCAACGGAACUCUACUCCCAGCCGCAUAUGUUCAAAGCCGUCGUCUCCUUCAGCGACCACACCGACUGGGGUAGCAACGGUGGUAGCUACGCUGCUACCUCAAGCAACGGAACCGACGAGCACCGAGACAUGAGCUCCGGCUCCUCCGAGUUUUCUCGCGGACGCGCGGGCCGACCAAAGAUGGUCGCUACGAGUCGAAGCGCCACCAGUCGAGGUACCGUCACCAGUCGAGGUACCGCCGCCACUCGUGGUACCGCCAGUCGAGGUGCUACCAGUCGGGGUACUGCCGGCUACAGUUCUCGGACUGCAGGCUCAGAGUCCGCUUCCCGAUCGGGCACAACCGGCGAGGUUCCCUCGCUGGCUUCGCUAUUGCGGCUCCGGCAGGGGUGGGGAAGUUUGGGCGCGAGAAUUGCCGACCAACUUUACUCGCUGAUGCACCGCGCUCUCAGUCAAGACAUAAUGUCGCGACCUACCGCGCGCGAAGUCGAUGACGCACUCGGACGCAUCUUCAACGCUCUACUACGCUUCACAGCACGCUUCGCCGUCGUCCCAAAACUCUCUGCGCACAAACUUAACGACCACUCCACCACCGACCACUCGCUCCGCCGCCUCCUCCAAAAAUCCAUCUACACUGCCGCCACUUGCAAAACACCAAGCACCUCCUGCGGCUCUGAACACCACUAG